AUGUCCUUGGCGUUCUGCGGGAAUGAGAAUAACUCGUCUGCCUACAACGUGGACGGAGGUGUGCUCAACAACGGCUGCUUUCUGGACGCGCUCAACGUGGUGCCUCAUGUCUUUCUGCUCUUCAUCACCUUCCCCAUACUCUUCAUCGGCUGGGGCAGUCAGAGCUCUAAAGUCCACAUCCAUCACAGUACGUGGCUACACUUCCCUGGACACAACCUGCGCUGGCUCCUCACCUUCGUUCUCCUCUUCAUCCUCGUCUGUGAGAUUGCAGAGGGCAUAGUGUCCGAUGGGUUCAGCCAGUCGCUCCACCUGCACCUGUACAUGCCUGCAGCUCUGGCCUUCAUGGCUGGAAUCACGGCCACCAUUUUUUAUCACAGCAUCGAGACCUCCAACUUCCCCAAGCUCCUCAUCGCUCUGCUCAUUUACUGGGUCCUGGCCUUUAUCAUGAAGACCAUCAAAUUUGCCAAAUACACAGAACAUGGGAUCGGCCCGAGACAGCUGAGGUACUGCAUCACGGGACUCCUGGUGCUGCUGUACGGACUCCUGCUGACCGUGGAGAUCAACGUCAUCUGGGGGAGGCGCUACAUGUGCUUCGCCAACCCGACAGAAGUGAAGCCCCCUGAGGACCUCCAGGACCUGGGGGUGCGAUUCCUUCAGCCCUUUGUGAACCUGUUGUCCAAAGCCACGUACUGGUGGAUGAACACGUUCAUCACAUCCGCACACAGACGCCCCAUCGACCUGAAGGUCAUCGGCAAACUGCCCAUCGCCAUGAGAGCGCUCACCAACUACAUCAAGCUGCGCAAGGCCUUCGAGGACCAGAAGAAACCGCAGGGCACAGCUCCGCAGGGUCCCAAGUGGAUCUGGCAGGCGUUGAGGAAAGCGUUCGGGAGACCUUUGAUCCUCAGCAUCACGUUUCGUUUCCUCGCCGACCUGCUUGGCUUCGCCGGGCCUCUGUGCAUCUCGGGCAUCGUUCACCACAUCAGCAAAGACAACCGCACGAUACAGCCUCCGAAAAGGCUCCUGGGGAUUUAUUUCAUCUCCUCUAAAGAGUUCCUGGAGAAUGCUUACGUGUUAGCCGUGCUGCUCUUCUUCGCCCUGCUCCUACAGAGAACGUUUCUGCAAGCUUCAUAUUACGUGGCCAUUGAAACGGGGAUUAAACUGCGCGGAGCAAUACAGACUAAAAUCUACAACAAGAUCAUGCAUCUGUGCACGUCCAACAUGUCCAUGGGGGAGCUCACCGUGGCUCAGAUCUGCAACCUGGUCGCCAUAGAUACGAACCAGCUCAUGUGGUUCUUCUUCCUGUGUCCAAACCUGUGGGCCAUGCCAGUGCAGAUCAUAGUGGGAGUGAUCCUGCUCUACUACCUCCUGGGAAUCAGUGCCUUGAUUGGAGCGACCGUCAUCGCCGUGUUGGCUCCUGUCCAGUAUUUUGUGGCCACUAAACUGUCUCACACACAGAAGAGCACACUGGAGUACUCCAGCGAACGCCUGAAAAAAACCAACGAGCUCCUGAGAGGAAUCAAGUUACUGAAGCUGUACGCCUGGGAGCGGAUCUUCUGCGACAGCGUGGAGGAGACGAGAGAGAAAGAACUGACCAGUCUGAAGGCCUUCGCUCUGUACACGUCUGUGUCCAUUUUCAUGAAUGCAGCCAUUCCUAUUGCAGCCGUUCUAACUACAUUUGUGGUUCACGUUCACAUCUCGGAGGAUGCAGAUCUGUCCCCAGCCGUGGCCUUUGCCUCCCUGUCCCUGUUCCACAUCCUGGUGACCCCGCUCUUUCUGCUGUCCACCGUCGUCCGCUCCACGGUCAAGGCUCUGGUGAGUGUUCAGAAACUCAGUGAAUUUUUCUCCAGCGAUGAGAUCGGCGACGAACAAGAGCCCAGAGCCAUGGUAACGUCAGCGUCCAGCAAUCACAACCAGAACAAGUAUCAGGCGGUGCCGCUGAAGGUGGUGAACAGGAAGCGGCCGCCCAGAGACGACUGGAACAACUUCGGAUCACCGGGACAGUGCGACGGAGAUGGACCCUCCCAGGACACAGACCAGGACACGUGUAUCAAAAUAACGAGCGGCUACUUCACAUGGACAGAUGGACCACCAACGCUGUCAAAUGUGGACAUCAAUAUUCCUUUUGGUAAACUCACCAUGAUCGUGGGGCAGGUGGGUUGUGGGAAGUCGUCGCUGUUGCUGGCGGCGCUGGGCGAGAUGCAGCGAGUGUCAGGACAAGUCAUGUGGAACAGUUUCCCGUACCUUGAAUCUGAGGAGGCUGAGAGCCCCACAGACCGGGACGCGGCGGGCGACGGUGAAAUCAGGAAAAGGGGCCCGGUGGCGUACGCUUCACAAAAACCUUGGCUGUUGAACACAACUGUGGUGGAAAAUAUCACGUUUGAAAUGCCAAUGAUCAAACCCAGAUACAAAGCCGUGAUCGACGCCUGCUCCCUGCAGCCCGACAUCGACAUCCUUCCACAGGGAGACCAGACAGAGAUCGGUGAGCGGGGCGUGAUCCUGUCGGGGGGGCAGAAGCAGCGCAUCAGUGUGGCCAGAGCCUUGUAUCAGACGACGGGUGUGGUGUUUCUGGACGAUCCGUUCUCAGCGUUGGACAUUCAUCUGAGCGACCACCUGAUGCAGGAGGGCAUUUUGAAGAUGCUCCGAGACGAGAAGAGGACGGUGGUACUGGUCACGCACAAACUGCAGUACCUCCCCCAUGCAGACUGGAUUAUUGCGAUGAAAGACGGCACCAUUCAGACCGAGGGCACUUUGAAGGACAUCCAAAAGUCGGAGCCAGAGCUGUUCGAGCAGUGGAAGUCGCUGAUGCACAGAAAGGACCAGGAGUUCGAGAAGGAGACUGUUACCGAGAGCGUGACGGAUUUGGAGAGGAAAAACCUGCGCAGGGCCAUGUAUUCACGAGAGGCGGUGAGGACGGAGGAGGAGGAGGAGGAAGAGGAGUCCGUGGACAGCGACGACGACGAUAACCUCUCUCAGGUGAUGCGACAGCGAGCGACGAUCCCAUGGCGGUCCUGCGGCACGUACCUGUCCUCCGCCGGGGUCCUGCUGCUCAGCCUCCUGCUCCUGUCCCAGCUCCUCAAACACUCGCUCAUGGUCGCCAUCGACUACUGGCUGGCGCACUGGACGUCCCGCGUGAUCUCCGCCAAGAUUGAAGCCACAGCUCGGAAUUGCUCCAUUGUCCAGGACUGCGGCUUCAGUCACUCAUGGUACCUGUCCAUCUUCAGCGUCCUGUGUUGUCUGGGGAUCAUCUUGUGUUUGGCGACCUCGGUGGCGGUGGAGUGGACCGGGCACAAAGUCGCCAAAGAGCUGCACCACAACCUGCUGAACAAGAUCAUCCUGGCGCCCAUGAGGCUGUUUGAGACCACUCCGCUCGGCAGCAUCCUGAACAGGUUUUCCACAGACACAAACACCAUCGACCAGCACAUCCCCACCACCCUGGAGUGUCUGAGCCGCUCCACCCUGCUCUGCGCCUCCGCUCUGGGGGUCAUCUCCUACGUCACCCCCGUCUUCCUCAUCGCGAUGCUGCCCCUCGCCAUCACCUGCUACUUUAUACAGAAGUACUUCAGAGUGGCGUCCAGGGACCUGCAGCAGCUUGAAGACAGCACCCAGCUGCCCCUGCUCUCACAUUUCUCUGAGACAGUGGAAGGCCUCACCACAAUAAGAGCCCUCAGGUACGAGCCGCGCUUCAGACAGAGGUUACUGCAGUUCACCGACGCCAACAACAUGGCCUCUCUGUUCCUCACGGCGGCCAACCGUUGGCUGGAGGUCCGCAUGGAGUACAUCGGAGCGUGUGUCGUGUUGGUGGCGGCCGUCGCGUCCAUCACCAACUCCCUGUACAACCACCUCUCCACGGGCCUGGUGGGACUCGGACUCACGUACGCGCUCAUGGUGUCCAACUACUUGAACUGGAUGGUGCGUAACUUGGCAGACAUGGAAGUGCAGCUCGGCUCGGUCAAAAGAAUCAACGGCCUUCUCAAAACGGAGCCAGAGAAUUAUGAAGGCCUGCUCACUGUAUCUCAGGUCCCGGACGGCUGGCCUCACGAGGGAGAGAUCAAAAUCCAGAAUUUAAGUGUCCGCUACGACGCCACUCUGAAGCCUGUUCUCAAAAACGUCAACGCUCACAUCAGCCCCGGACAGAAAAUUGGAAUCUGUGGACGGACAGGAAGUGGAAAAUCCUCAUUCUCUCUGGCGUUUUUCCGAAUGGUCGACAUGUUUGAAGGGAGGAUAGUGAUCGACGACAUCGAUAUCGCCAAACUGCCCCUCCAGACCCUCAGGUCACGCCUGUCCAUCAUCCUACAGGACCCCAUCCUCUUCAGUGGCACGAUACGCUUUAACUUGGACCCGGAGAUGAAGGCCACGGACGAGAUGCUGUGGGAAGCUUUGGAGAUCGCUCAGCUGAAGCCUGUGGUGAAGACGCUCCCAGGAGGCCUCGACGCUUCCAUCACAGAGGGAGGGGAGAACUUCAGCCAGGGCCAGAGGCAGCUGUUCUGUUUGGCCCGAGCCUUCGUCCGAAAGAGCAGCGUCCUGAUCAUGGACGAGGCGACGGCGUCCAUCGACAUGGCAACGGAGAGCAUCUUGCAGAAAGUGGUGAUGACUGCGUUUGCUGACCGGACAGUAGUUACUAUAGCGCAUCGCGUCCACACCAUUCUCAACGCCGACCUCGUGAUUGUGAUGAAGAGGGGGAUCAUCCUGGAGUACGACAAACCGCAGGCUCUGCUGGACGAGGAGGACAGCGUCUUCUCCUCCUUCGUUCGCGCAGACAAGUAGCACAAGAGACAAGAGCUCAGUCGAAGACAUUCAAAGUGCAAUUGUCCCAUGGAACAUAUAAUAUAUAAAUAUUUUUCUUUUAUUUUUUA